AUGUCUACCCUUUACGGAGAAGGCAAGGUCCGCGACUUCAAGAACGCGAUCAAUGACCUCAGCAACUACGAGACCAGGGAUGGACUCGAUAUCACGGAGCUGAUGGACACCAAGAAGCAUGGCGGUCUCACCUACAAUGAUUUCCUCCUGCUUCCUGGCUACAUUGGGUUCCCCGCCUCUGAGGUCGUCCUCGACUCUCCCGUCACCAAGAAGAUCAGCAUCAAGACGCCCUUUGUCUCCUCCCCUAUGGAUACCGUCACCGAACACGAGAUGGCCAUUCACAUGGCUCUCCAGGGCGGUCUCGGUGUCAUUCACCACAACUGCUCCGCCGAAGCCCAGGCAGACAUGGUCCGCAAGGUGAAGCGUUACGAAAACGGCUUCAUCCUCGAUCCCGUCGUUAUCAAGCGCACCACUACCGUCGGCGAGGCUUUCGACCUCAAGUUGAAGUGGGGUUUCGGUGGUUUCCCCGUCACAGAGACUGGUAGCGUUGGUUCCAAGCUUCUCGGAAUCGUCACUAACCGUGAUAUCCAAUUCGAAACCGACCUCGAUCAGCCCGUUGAAAAUGUCAUGGUUACCGACCUCAUUACUGCCCAGGCCGGCAUCACCCUGGCCGAGGCCAACCAGAUCCUGAAGGACUCGAAGAAGGGCAAGCUCCCCAUCGUGGACAAGGACUUCAACCUUGUUUCCAUGAUCUCCCGCUCCGACUUGAACAAGAACCAAGAUUUCCCCCUCUCCUCCAAGGCCCCCGAUAGCAAGCAGCUCAUCGCUGCCGCCGCUAUCGGCACCCGACCCGAGGACAAAGUCAGGCUUCAGAAGCUCGUCGACGCUGGUCUCGACAUCGUCGUCCUUGACAGCUCCCAAGGAAACAGCAUGUACCAGAUUGAAAUGAUCAAGUGGAUCAAGGAGAAGUUCCCCAAGCUUGAGGUCAUCGGAGGAAACGUCGUCACCCGAGAACAGGCGGCCUCCCUGAUCCAAGCUGGUGUAGACGGUCUGAGAAUUGGCAUGGGAAGUGGCUCUGCCUGUAUUACCCAGGAAGUCAUGGCCGUUGGCCGUCCCCAGGCCGCGGCCGUCUACUCCGUCAGCAGCUUCGCCGCUCAAUACGGUGUUCCCUGCAUCGCCGACGGUGGUGUCCAGAACGUCGGUCACAUCGUCAAGGGUCUCGCCCUUGGUGCCGCCACCGUCAUGAUGGGUGGUCUCCUCGCCGGUACCACCGAGUCCCCUGGCACCUCCUUCGUCUCGAGGGAGGGUAAGCUCGUCAAGGCUUACCGUGGUAUGGGCAGUAUCGACGCCAUGCAGGACAAGAAGGCCGGCAAUGGCGGCAAGGACAGCCAGAGGAGCAAUGCCGGUACCGCCAGGUACUUCUCCGAGGGUGACAGUGUCCUCGUUGCCCAGGGCGUCUCUGGCUCUGUGGCUCACAGGGGACCUAUUGGGAAGUUCGUCCCCUACCUCGCCGCUGGUCUCAAGCACUCCAUGCAAGACUGUGGUAUCCAGUCUCUCAAGGAACUCCAUGAGGGUGUCGCCGCCGGCCUCGUCCGCUUCGAGCUCCGAACCUCGAGCGCCCAGGCCGAGGGCAACGUCAACAUGGAGUCCUACGAGAAGAAGCUUUUCGCAUAA